AUGGCGUCGUUGGGCGAUGAUUUGCUUGUCACUGUGAACAAGCUCCAGGAUCUCGUCUUCAACACCAUUGGAAAUGAUUCCCUAGAUCUGCCCCAAAUUGUUGUUGUUGGCUCCCAAUCCUCGGGCAAGUCCUCCGUCCUGGAGAACAUCGUCGGACGGGAUUUCCUACCUCGCGGCAGUGGCAUCGUCACCCGACGUCCGCUGAUUCUCCAACUUAUCAAUAUUCCCAGUGAACGUGACGAUCGGCCCGAGUAUGAUGAAGUUCACAUCCCGCACACCCCCGCCAGCGUGGCCGGCCAGCACGAAUGGGCUGAAUUUCACCACCUCCCUGGCCGCAAAUUUGACGAUUUCUUGCAAGUGAAGCAAGAAAUCGAGGCAGAAACAGCACGUAUUGCGGGCAGUAACAAAGGCAUUAAUCGACAACCUAUCAACCUCAAAAUCUUUUCCCCUCAUGUCCUGAACUUGACCCUGGUGGACUUGCCGGGCUUGACGAAGGUACCCAUUGGGGACCAACCGUCCGACAUUGAGAAGCAAACGCGCACAUUGAUUUUGGAAUAUAUCGCGAAACCGAACAGUAUCAUCCUCGCGGUGUCUCCCGCCAAUGUGGACUUGGUCAACUCGGAAGCCCUGAAGCUUGCCCGGCAAGUGGACCCUAUGGGUCGGAGGACCAUCGGGGUUUUGUCCAAGCUAGACCUCAUGGACCAUGGAACCAAUGCAAUGGAUAUCUUGUCCGGUCGUGUAUAUCCACUGAAGCUGGGAUUCAUUGGCGUCGUCAAUCGAUCGCAGCAAGAUAUUCAAUCUGGAAAAUCACUCGCGGAGGCCUUGCGAGCCGAAGCGGAGUUCUUCCGUCAUCACCCGGCAUAUCGCAACAUGGCCAACCGAUGCGGCACUCAGUUCUUGGCCAAGACGCUCAAUUCGACUCUGAUGUCUCAUAUUCGCGAUCGUCUGCCAGAUAUCAAAGCACGCCUCAAUACCCUGAUGGGGCAAACCCAGCAAGAGCUGGCUAGCUACGGGAAUAAGCAGUUUAGCGGCAAAGAACACCGCGGAUCUCUGAUCUUGCAACUGAUGACUCGCUUUGCGUCCUCGUUCAUCUCGUCCAUUGACGGAACGUCCUCGGAGAUCUCGACCAAGGAGCUCUGUGGCGGAGCCCGUAUUUACUAUAUUUUCAACGAGGUGUUCGGAAACUCAUUGGAAACUAUCGACCCCACGCACAAUUUGACGGUCUCGGACAUCAGAACCGCUAUCCGCAACUCAACUGGACCCCGACCCAGCCUGUUUGUCCCAGAACUGGCCUUUGAUCUCCUGGUGAAGCCACAGAUUAAGCUCCUCGAGGCCCCUGCUCAGCGAUGUGUGGAGCUUGUAUAUGAGGAAUUGAUUAAAAUUUGCCACACUUGUGGCUCACAGGAAUUGCUACGGUUCCCUCGUCUUCAGGGUAAGCUGAUCGAGGUCGUGUCUGAUCUUCUCCGUGAGCGUCUGGGGCCUUGCGCUGGUUAUGUGGAGUCUCUUAUCUCCAUUCAAAGAGCAUACAUCAAUACCAACCAUCCGAACUUCCCUGGUGCGGCCGCUGCCAUGUCUUCGAUCAUCCAGAACAGACAGGAAGAAGAGCGAAAGGCCAUCCUAGCCGAGGAAAAGAGAAAGCGUGAGAAACGACGAAUGAAGGAGCUCGGAAGUGCUAACGGUGCUCCUGGCGCCCCAGACGAUGAUGACGCACAAUCAGAAUCCAAAUCUCACAACCUUCCCAUUCGAAGCCAGUCCGCCAAAGGUACGCGGAGCAUGUCGCCUUCCGUCAGCCGAGCAAUGGAGAAUGGCAUCACUGCAACUUUGAACGGUUCCAAUUCGAACCACCCCACCGGAUUCGGUGGCUCGCACACCGCCCGAGAUUCAUUCUUGAACUACUUCUUUGGGAAAGAUGGUGGCCUUCAGAGUGUGACUGCUCCACAACAGCCGUCGCUGAAUCGGCCAGCUGCUCAUUCAGGAGAGCCCAGUAUCAGCCAGAGUAUUCGCCGCGCCGAAGUGCGAUCCCACGCCUUGCCCGCUGAGGAAUAUAGCAUCCCUCCACCUGAAUAUGGAGGUGAUAUGUCUGUGUUUCCCCAUGAUAAUGCAGAACCCACCCUCACUGACCGUGAGAUGCUGGAGACAGAGCUGAUCCGCCGCCUUAUUUCCUCCUAUUUCAACAUUGUGCGUGAGACUAUUGCCGACCAGGUCCCUAAGGCAAUCAUGCACCUCUUGGUCAAUCACAGCAAGGACGUGGUGCAGAACCGACUGGUCAGCGAACUCUAUAAAGAAGACCUUUUUGGUGAACUGCUCUACGAAGAUGAUGGCAUCAAGGCUGAGCGGGAGAAGUGCGAGCGGCUCUUGGAGACUUACAAGGAAGCGGCCAAGAUAGUGGGCGAGGUUUUAUAG